AUGUUAAAAUUUCAAAGGAAGACUGCUGCUGCCCCACCUUGGGAUGCUCCAAGGCUUAUUACAAAAAUCUUUGAGCAGUCUGUCCAGACGGGGAAUAUUCUUCUAACGAUUACCAUCAUCUUGCUGUUUCAAACAACGUUUCAUGUCACUACUACAGUGGUAGUCAAAGACGCCCUAGCCGAGUUCGUCAACGUAUUGCACAAAUAUGAGUUAUUUGAGAUAGCUGCUGAUCUUCUCAAAUAUUGUCCGUGGGAUGACAUUUUAGGAAUGGGCUCUGGGCAGAGUGUUAUAAGAAUGUUUUGUGAGAACUGCAAAAAACUGUUAGUCAAUGAAAAGUCCAAAGAAAUGUUCACUGAGGAAUGGCAGCAGACCGGAAAUUCUGAAACAAUGCAACGGUUCGGAUAUUGGUACUGCGAUAAAUGCCUUAAGCGAAACACCCUCUGUAUACUUUGCGAGCAACCAAUGAAAAAAUUAACGCUAUGUGUCUUGAACUGUGGCCACGUAGGCCAUGUUGAAUGCUUGCAAAAGUGGUUCAUGCACGAGGAAAUGAGCACCUGUCCAAGCGGGUGUGCGGGAACCCUUAUAUAG